AUGCAGCGGAAAUGUUGUUUGGGGCAUAAGGUACGAACUCUUUUGUACCAUUCAUGCACUCGAUUGCUGAGGACAAGCGGCGCACUCUCCUGGAGAAAGGCCUCAUCAGUUGGCGACGAGCAAACUGCAAUUGUGCACUCGUGGAUCGUACCUGAGGGCAGAGUGAACGAGCAACGGAAUAUUUCGAGAAGUGGGAUAUGCAGAGGUCUCGAACCUCCUGUUCAACGUGCAUACAAAUCUCAAGUGCUGAGGAUGCGGGGUAUGUGGUCACCCGAUCAAAAUUGUGUGCAUCCGUCUUUCGAAGAGUUGCCAGUUCUCAUUCUGGCGCUGAAAGUCUUGCCUCAAGCGGUGGCGGUCAAUGAGUACGUGUGA